GAAUGCAGCCUACUGAGGAGGCCAGUGAGGGAGGACUCGGGCCGCGUUUCCUUGGCCCUGGCGAGCUACUGGGCUCCACUUCAGGAGGCUGGGGCAGAGCUUCCAGGACUCUGCCCUGUUAGAAAACCCGCACGAGGGCGGUGCCGCUUUGGAGACAGGGAGGAGGGAGACCGGAAGCCUAGAUCCCUCUGGCUGUCCCCUGCACUGCCGGUAACAUGGCACAGGAGAGGAGGGCUGUUUGUGUAUGGGCAGCUCCUGCAGCUGCUGCCGUCGCCCACCAGCCUAUGCCAAACCACACAUCCUAAUUGAGGAACCUCUGAGAAAAAACGGAGCCCUCGAGGGCCCCAGCCCUUGGAAGGGUAACCUGGACCGCUGCCGCCUGGUUGCCUGGGCCAUACCAGACAUGCCCGCGGCUCCUCCCCGAUUGGGAGGAGCACGCGUCCCGCUCGGGCGCACUCUCCAGCCUUUUCCCGGCUGAGUAGGAGCCGAGCCCUCCGGGUAGGGCGGGGACCGGAUGAGGUGGGACCCUCCGGUACAGAAAACUGCGCCACGUGACCCGCCGCCGGCCAGUUAAAAGGAGGCGCCUCCUGGCCUCCCCUCACAGUGCUUGUUCGGGGUACUCCGCUGGCUUGGACAGUUGCGCCAUGUGUGCUGCUCGGCUAGCGGCGGUGGCGCCCCAGUCGGUGUACACCUUCUCGGCGCGCCCGCUGACCGGCGGGGAGCCUGUGAGCCUGGGCUCCCUGCGGGGCAAGAUACUACUUAUCGAGAAUGUGGCGUCCCUCUGAGGCACCACGGUCCGGGACUACACCCAGAUGAACGAGCUGCAGCGGCGCCUCGGGCCCCGGGGCCUGGUGGUGCUCGGCUUCCCGUGCAACCAGUUUGGGCAUCAGGAGAACGCCAAGAACGAAGAGAUUCUGAAUUCCCUCAAGUACGUCCGACCUGGUGGUGGGUUCGAGCCCAACUUCAUGCUCUUCGAGAAGUGCGAGGUGAACGGUGCGGGGGCGCACCCUCUCUUCGCCUUCCUGCGGGAGGCCCUGCCAGCCCCCAGCGACGACGCCACUGCACUUAUGACCGACCCCAAGCUCAUCACCUGGUCUCCGGUGUGUCGCAACGAUGUUGCCUGGAACUUUGAGAAGUUCCUGGUGGGCCCUGACGGUGUGCCCCUACGCAGGUACAGCCGCCGCUUCCAGACCAUUGACAUCGAGCCUGACAUCGAAGCCCUGCUCUCUCAAGGGCCCAGCUGUGCCUAGGGCGCCCCUCCUACCCCGGCUGCUUCGCAGUUGUAGCGCUGCUCUCUGGGGGGUUUUCAUUUAUGAGGGUGUUUCCUCUAAACCUACAAGGGAGGAACACUUGAUCUGUCAGGAAAUACCCCCUCGAGAUGGGCGCUGGUCCUGUCCAUCCCAGUCUCUGCCAGACCAAGGCGAGUUUCCCCACUAAUAAAGUGCCGGGUGUCAGCAGAA